CCGGGGAAAGCAUCUGCUGGUGUCUGCUCGUGUCUACUGGAGGGUGGCAUCGGCGGUCAUUGUUUGCUGCUAUUGAUUGUACGCUAAGGAUCAAUUUGGGAACGUUGCUGUGAAAGAAUCAUGUCUUCCAGUGCAUCAACGGCACGGAUCCUCAUCAAGGGGGGGAAGGUGGUGAACGAUGACUUCACGCAGGAGGCCGACGUCUACAUCGAGAACGGCGUCAUCCAGCAGGUGGGCAAGGAGCUGAUGAUCCCGGGCGGCGCCAAGGUCAUCGACGCCUCGGGAAAGCUGGUGAUGCCCGGCGGCUUGGACACCUGCGUGCACCUGAACGAGAGCUUCAUGAACGCCACGCCCGCCGAUGACUUCUACAGUGGGACCAAGGCGGCUCUGGCUGGAGGCACCACCAUGGUGAUUGAUCUGGUGCUGCCUGAGAGGAACGAGUCUCUGCUGGAGGCGUAUGAGAACACUCGCUCUGUGGCCGACGCCAAGACCUGCUGUGACUACGCCCUACAUGUGGGCGUCACCUGGUGGGGGCCUAAGGUUCGUGCCCAGAUGGAGUCGCUGGUGCGGGAGAAGGGCGUGAACUCCUUCCACAUGUUCAUGGCCUACAAGGACCUGUACAUGCUGAGGGACAGCGAGCUCUUCCAGGUGCUGCAGCACUGCAAGGACAUCGGCGCCGUCGCCCGCGUCCACGCCGAGAACGGAGAGCUGGUGGCUGAGGGAGCAAAAGAGGCUUUAGACCUCGGCAUCAGUGGCCCAGAGGGCAUUGAGAUCAGCCGUCCAGAGGAGCUGGAGGCAGAAGCUACCCACCGUGCCAUUACCAUUGCCAACAGAGCACACUGCCCCAUCUACCUAGUGAAUGUCUCGAGUAUGUCUGCUGGGGAUGUGGUGGCUACUGCCAAGAUGCAAGGGAAGGUGGUCCAUGGGGAGACGACCAUGGCCCAUGCUGUGAUGAACGGGCUCCAGUACUACCACCAGGACUGGGUCCACGCCGCUGCUUACGUCACCGUGCCCCCCCUGAGGCUCGACCCCAGCACCCCCAACUACCUGAUGAGUCUCCUGGGAAAUGACACUCUAAAUGUAGUGGUGUCAGACCACCGGCCCUUCACCACCAAGCAGAAAGCCAUGGGCAAAGACGACUUCACCAAGAUCCCGCACGGAGUCCCCGGCAUCCAAGACCGCAUGAGUGUCAUCUGGGAGAGAGGAGUGGUUGGAGGCAAAAUGGAUGAGAACCGAUUCGUUGCUGUGACCAGCUCGAACGCAGCCAAAAUCUACAACCUUUACCCACGCAAGGGUCGCAUCAUCCCAGGGGCUGAUGCCGACGUGGUGGUCUGGGACCCUGACGCAGCCAGGACGAUCUCUGUGGACACACAAGUGCAAGGAGGAGACGUAAACCUUUAUGAGGGCUUGCGUUGCCAUGGCGUCCCACUGGUCACGAUCAGCCGUGGCCGUGUGGUGUAUGAGAAUGGCAUCUUCACCUGCGCCGAGGGAUCCGGAAAGUUCUACCCCCUGCGGACAUUCCCUGAUUACCUGUACAAGAAGAUGGUCCAGAGAGAGAAGUGCCAGGCUCUGAAGGGGGUGGAGCGUACUCCCUAUGAAGGUGACGUAGCUGCGGUGAACUCAGGGAAGAAGGACUGCGGCGGCUCAGAUGGAGAGACGCCCUCAUCUCGCCCCUCCACCCGUCAUGGAGGAGUGAGAGACCUGCACGAGUCCAGCUUCAGUCUAUCUGGUGCCCAGAUUGACGAUAACGUCCCUAAGAGGGCCUCCGCCCGCAUCCUGGCGCCCCCUGGUGGUCGCUCCAGCGGCAUCUGGUAAAUCUGACACACAGCACUUCCUGGACCAAAACGACUGAGCCAGAGUUCAUUAGGAAGACCCCCACCCCCUACUUCCCACCAGGCUCCCCUCAUGUAUCUAAAAUCUCAUGGUGCACUCCACAAUAAAUACCGAGCAAAAAAAAAGUAGCACUAUUCUGCCUGAUCCAACACGGAAAGAUACCUGGAUGAUUUGAUUGUUGCCUGUGAAUGAUUUGAUUGUUUUCAAUGUGAGUUAUAGGAAAUGUGUAGAAACAAAAAGCUGCAAUUUAGACAAAACAAAAGUCCCAAAGAAAGUGAAUUUUGACAUUUGGAUAUGAGGGUUAUAUGAUCGAAUGAAUGCAUCAGUGGUCCAGUUAGAACCAGAGGCUUGAAGCUUAUACUCAUCUCUUUUGUUACCUCAUUAACCACACAGCAUUCAUCUUUCUUUGCGGUGUCUGGUUUCAGUGACUUUGAGUUUUUCUCGGACGUACCAGACCUCCUUACUGUUAUUUAUUUGAGUCAGUCUGGAUUGAUCUAAUAGUAUUUUUUUAUAUUUUAUUCUUCAGGCACAUAAUUGUAUGUUUACCUCAUUGUGGUACAUUUGGAGUUGCACUUGUACUCUUUUUAAAACAUUCCUGCCUUCCUUUUGUUUUUGUGUGGAGUGAAAUCAGCUGGAAAUAUGUGUGUAAAGACUGGAAUGACCAUUAGCCUGCACCUAUGCCUCUAUAAUAGUUCACUGACGUUUCUGACAAAUAGACUGUUCACAAAAAAAAAACCAAGACGAAAGUCAAAUUGAAUGAACCGAAAUCGGUUAGAUUGAUCACAUACAUGCGAAUGUGAAAUUUGAAGCCUUAGCGUGGAUCAUAUUUCCUAUCAAGUCUGUUGGCAGCAAUCUAGCCACGAUGUAGCACCUUCCUGUGGCCUGUUCCCUCACUUGAACAAACGUUAAUCCACCUGAUGUCCAGUGAUGCCUACGAAUGUCUCACAAAACUAUUCCUGCACACGUUUCUGUACUUCUGGUCUUGAGUCACUCAUGCUCCACCACCACAAUGGUAGGCCAGGAUAUUACUUUUACUAGAAAUUAAAGCACUGGAAUAUGUUACUAAUGUAUGAUUGUUUUCAAGUUACAGCCUAUUUUAAUUCGUUUUUUUUUCUCAAACUUUACAAGUGUAUGUCUACAGUUUUAAUUGCAACUGGCCUUGAUCCUGCUUGGAGGCAGGUACAUGUAUUAUUUUAAUUUCUAGAUUGAAGUGACUGGACCCCUAGCUCUUAGUGUCAACUCUGCUGGGCUCCAAUCUCCGAUCACUUAUUUCUUUUAUGUUGUUCUUUCCUCUAUUUUCUUUCCUUCUUAUUAUCCCAUCCUUUCCUCCACUUUUCCUGUCCUCUCACUGUUCUUCUCUGUCAAUGAGGUUACAAAAUCAGACUCUCACAUGUGACAAGAUCUGCACUGAAGUGAUUGUCUGGACCAAGUCUUUAUAUUUUCCUCAUGAAUGACAGGAGGACAGAUGAGGGUGGUGUACAAAUUUCUAUUGGUGCUCAAUAUUUUCAUGUAUGUGUUAUUUUAUUUUAAACAAUCUAAUGCACUGUUUUCUUAUUGUAUUGUAAACCAGUGCUCUGUUGUGCACUGUUAUGGUUUUAAACAUGUUCACUACACAAGUAAGUGCA